AUGGCCUUGACACGAAGCUCACUCUCCAACAUCCCGACUUGUUUUGCCAGCUGCUCAAUUGGCUGCAAGUCCUCACAUACGCUCCCUAAAAAGCUCGAAGCGAUCGCUGCUGCUGGUUUCUCUGCAAUUGAGCUGUCUUUCCCGGAUAUCCUCUCCUUUGGGAGUCAACAUCUCGGCAAAGACAUUGACCCUUAUGACUACGACAGUCUAUGCAAAAUCGGGGAGGAAAUUCGAAAGCUAUGCCAGGAUCACGGUCUGAAGAUACUAAUCCUUCAGCCUUUUGCAAAUUUUGAGGGCUGGCCCAAGGGCUCCAAGGAGCGGGAGGAUGCCUUCACUCGCGCAAAGGGCUGGAUCAGGAUAAUGCAAGCCGUUGGUACCGAUAUGUUGCAGGUCGGGUCUACAGAUUCUCCCAACCUCAAGCCAUCCCAAGAAGAGGUCGCAGCCGACCUGCGAGAGCUGGCUGACCUUCUCGCACCUCAUAGCUUCCGCAUAGCAUAUGAAAACUGGUGUUGGUCUUCUCACGCGCCGGGAUGGCUAGAGGUGUGGCAAAUUGUCCAAAAAGUAGAUCGGCCGAACGUUGGCUUGUGCCUAGACACGUUCCAAACAGCGGGAGGCGAAUGGGCUGAUCCGACCACAUUAUCCGGCUUGAAUGAGCUCGAGGGUGAGCACCUCGGGGGUCGCGAGUUAUUGAGCGUGAUCUUCCAUGAAAGUCUCGAUAAACUCAGCAAGACCGUGCCAAAGGACAAGAUUUAUUUCCUCCAGAUCUCUGACGCAUAUAAGCCCAAGGAGCCAUUCGAGAAUAAAACCAUUGACGGUCUGCGCCCUCGCGGACGAUGGAGCCACGAUUUCCGACCUGUGCCAUUUAAUGGCGGCUACUUGCCCGUCGUGGACGUGGCCAAGGCUGUACUGAAGACUGGAUUUAGAGGAUAUUUCUCAAUGGAAGUUUUUGACGGCGGCCCAAACGGCAAAGGAAAGGACUACGAGCUGGAAGACUUUGCCAAAGAAGCCAUGGAGAGCCAUAAGAAGCUCCUUGACGCUUGUGCAGAGUAG